AUGCAUUCAGUUCACACUACGAUGCUUCACUCAUUAGAAGCAUUGCAAGAGUUGGUUCAAUGGGAUAGGAUUUUGAAGUUGCAAUCUUCAAAUGGAAGCUUCGCAGAUUCCCCCUCCGCUACUGUAGCUGCUUAUUUGAAUUCUCAUGACAAGAAGUGUCUUGAAUACUUAACCAACAUAGUGAAGAGAUUUGAAGAUCAUGUUCCUUUUGCAUAUCCUGUUGACAUAUUUGAGCGGAACUGGAUGGUCGAUACAAUCCAACGCUUGGGAAUAGAUCACCACUUUCAUGAAGAGAUUUCCAAUACUCUUAACUAUUUAUAUAGAAAUCUAAGAAAAGAUGGGAUUGCAUGGGCAAGAGAUCUCUAUUUGACUGAUAUUGAUGAUACAUGCAUAACAAUGCUAUUAUUAAGGCUACAUGGUUACCCAGUAUCCUCUGAUGUGCUUGAGUACUUUAAGUAUGAUGAUGACAACUUCAUGUGCUAUGCGGGUGAGACACACAAAGGAGUUUCAGAUACCUUUUCCUUGUAUCGCUUCUCCCAAAUCGCAUUCCCAGGAGAGAAAAUACUAAAACAAGCUAAUUCUUUUGCUAAACAACAUCUAAUAAACACCAUCAGAGAUAAUCAAGUGCAUGAUAAGUGGGCUAUAAAGAAAGCUUUAAACAAGGAGAUAGAGUGGGAACUGAGAAAACCAUGGAAGAUGAGUCUUCCUAGGCUUGCAGUUCAAGAAUACAUAAGAAAUUAUGGAGAUGAUGAUGUUUGGAUUGGCAAGUCUAUGUUUAGGAUGUCCAAUAUCAAUAAUUCAAAAUACUUGGAGCUUGCGAAGUUAGACUAUAAUAAGCUUCAUGCCAUACACACAGGGGAAGCUAAUUCAAUACUUACAUGGUUGAAUUCUUAUGGUUUUGAUGAUCAUCUAGUAACCCAGUUCAACCCACGGGGGAUCCAUCUCUCUAUAUGCACAGCUAUAUAUGAGCCAGAAUUUUCAGCCUCCAGGAUAGCUUAUACCAAAUGCAAUUGCAUUGAAAACAUACUCAAAGACGUAUUUCAAAGCCAUGAAUCCAUCAAUGAUCUAAAAAUAUUUUGCCAAGCACUAAAUGAAUGGAAACCUUCAGUGGCGCAAGUUCUUGAACCCACCUUGCAACGAGUAUUUAUGGGAGCCUAUGAUACCAUCAAUGAACUAGCAAUUGAAGCCAAGAAUGCACAAGGACAUGAUGUGUUCCCCUACUUGCAUGAUCUAGUAAGAUAA